AUGGCCAGCACCGUGUCGCUGCUGCGCAGACUGAUCCUCGAGUCCCCCCCGGGAGAGUGGGCCAUUAACCAGCUACGCGAGCUCUUGAUCGGCGCUUUGAAGCAAGGCCCGGUCCCCCAGCAUGUCGCCUUCGAGAUGGAUGGCAACAGACGCUAUGCUCGAACCCAUCGCAUGGAAACCGUCGAGGGCCAUCAUCGCGGCUUCGAAGCACUUGCCAGGAUCAUGGAAAUAUGUUACAAGUGUGGCGUAAAGGUCGUCACUGUAUAUGCGUUCAGCAUUGAAAAUUUUAACCGUCCCAAAUACGAGGUGGAAGGUCUCAUGCAGCUUGCCAAGGUCAAGCUUGAGCAGCUCACUACCUACGGAGAUAUCCUAGACCGCUAUGGCGCCUGCGUCCGCGUCCUCGGCCAGCGCGACAUGAUUCGCGACGAUGUACUGCAAGUCGUUGACAAGGCGGUUGCCCGAACCAAGCACAACAACAAGGCCGUGCUGAAUAUCUGCUUCCCCUACACCUCUCGAGCCGAAAUAACUACCGCCAUCCGCGAGACCGUCGAAGACUUCCUACACCCCCCUCCUCCCAAAAAUACGCCUUUCUCGCCGUCGCGCAUCCGGCAAAAGGUUCUCUCUUCCCAGCAUGACGACCGCGACACGCUUCCGACUAUCCGCGAUGCGUCACCCGACACCCGCGCCGGGGACGAUUCCAACGAGGAUCUCGAUGGUGAUGCAGGCGACUCUUCCUCGACCCUCCUCCCUGACUCACCGCAGCCUCGCGUCCGCGCGAAGAGGGCCUCGACGGACCUUUCGAGUCUCCCCAACCCCGAAUCCAUUACGGCUGAUACACUAGACAGCCACAUGUACACUGCGCCCGAUCCGCCUCUGGACGUCUUCGUCCGCACCAGUGGUGUGGAGCGUCUCAGUGACUUCAUGCUCUGGCAAUGUCAUCAGGAUACUCAUAUUUUUUUCCUCAAGUGCUUCUGGCCAGACUUUGACUUGCAACAUUUUGUAUUUGUGCUGCUGGAGUGGCAAUGGAGGCAGAAGCAGAGGGCGCGAGACGGCUCAGUGCAGAUCAAGAGCAACAAGGUGCGCCGGGUGAUAGAAUAG